GUCUGCAUAAUAAAUUAGGGUUUGGUUGACCAAUUGGUUCUCAAUCGGACAAUGAGCCGAGGUGGGAGCUUUGGAGGCGGACAAAGCUCGUUAGGUUAUCUUUUUGGAUCAGACAAUGAGAUUCCAAAAACUCCUCAACCGGUAGCCCCAAAGCCUGCACCACCUUAUGGCGUAGAUUACACCGAGAAGGAAGAAGCUGAUCACAAAAAGCAAAAGAUCUCUAAUAACAACAACAACAACUACCAAAGAGCUCAGGGCCAAAACUCCGACAACUUCGUCACCGAUCGUCCAACGACGAAGGUGACAUCAGUUCCUGGUGGAGGCUCAUCUCUUGGAUACUUGUUCGGAGAUAAGUAAAGUUAUAAGCCGUGAAGUUAUAAAACUAGGGUUUGUAUAUCUUACUCUAGUAAUCGGCUUUUACAAUAUGUGUAUACCGUAAUAUGCAUAUAGAGAUCUCUAUCUUGAUCUCUACAUACAUUAGUAAAUUAUUGUCCUAAUUUACAAAUGUGUGUUGUGAGUUUGUUGUUAAUUUCUUUUUACUUGUGAAAUAAUGAGUUUCUAGUCGAUAUAAACAGCAAUAUAUAAAUAUGUUUGACACUGGA